UUGGUUAACCAUAGUUUAUUAUGUUGCCCCACCCUUCCAAGUUCCAAAGGGACCAACCAAGCAAACCAAGCAGUAAUGAAUAUCAUAAAACCAAUCACCAAAUCAACGCAACCAUUGAAUGGCGUUCAAGUUUUGAGUUACUCUUAGUAUUAAAUGCAGCAACUAAGACCCUCACCCACCUUUCAAAACUCCCAAAAUUAUUCUCAACAAUACCCUCUCCCAAAUGGAAUAUUCCCCUUUUCAUCCUUCAAAUCAUCACCAUUUCCAUGUCUUCCUCAACCCCUUACACUUACUCCCCUCCACCACCUCCUCCUCCGCCUCUUCCUUAUCUCUCCAACCUCGGCUUCGGUUACUCCAUCGCCAUCGCUCUCGGCUUCCUCUUCCUCCUCUCCACUCUCAUCCUUUCCUCCUACCUCUGUUGCCGCACUUUCCGUAACCGUCGUAACAACCACAACAGCAACAUCAACAACCAACGAAACUCUGACGGUAUAGUUCUACCGCGUGUGAUUUUCGUUGCGGAGGAGGAUGAUCAUGAUCGGGACGAUAUUGUUUUGGGAUUGGACCAGAGCGUGAUCAACUCUUACCCGAGGCUGCAGUAUGGGAAGGAGACGAUGGGACAGGAUGGAACUUGCUCGAUCUGUUUGUGUGAGUAUAAGGAUGCCGAGAUGCUGAGGAUGAUGCCGGAAUGUCGACACUAUUUUCAUCUCUGUUGUCUUGAUUCGUGGUUGAAGCUUAAUGGCUCUUGUCCGGUGUGUCGGAAUUCGCCUAUGCCGACGCCGAUGUCGACGCCGUUGCAGGAGGUUGUUCCGCUUUCGCAUUACAUUGGUGAAAGGAGAACGAGGAGGUGAUUUUUUAUUUAUUUAUUUGGUUGAUUUGAGAGGGUGGGGUGGAAUGUAGAAAUUGUAUGUAGUGAGUGAGUUUGAAAAUCUUGGUUUGGGAUUUGGAUUGAAGUUGAUGGCAAUUGUGAGGAUGAUGGUUUUUUCUGUAAUUGGGAAAUUAUGAGAUUUAUGGUUUUGGUUAUGAAAAUUUUAAGAUAUUGAUAGGUGUUUGAUAAUGUGAUUCGAUUUCAAGUUUUUGUUUUGUUUUUCACCUAAUGAUAUUGAAGAGUUAUUGUUUACUUCUAUGAGUAUUGCACAGUAGAGGAAGACAAAUGUUACUACUAUCUCCGUCUCUAAAUGUUUAUGUUUUUGCAAUUUGCGAUUGAUCUUAUGUCUUUGUAAUUUGCGAGGUUGAGGUAGUUAUAGAUUCGGUCAACACACUCAUAGUUGUUUGUUCUUUAGUCUAGCAGCGUCAACUUGUGCACUGCGCACAAGUUGACAUGUUGGCGGGAAACAAAACUAGUGUGAGAUGUGAAGCAAUAAGUCAUAGGUUCAAGUCAAUGCGACUAAAGAUAUGUGCGCGAAAUGUGAGUUGUAGAUGUGUACUAUACACUAGUUGGCGGGAGACAAAACUAGUGUGAGAUGUGAAUUUUUAGUGCGCGUAAUGUGAAUUGUGUACUAUACACGAGUUGGCGGGAGACAAGAGGUGAAUCUUUAGCACGCAUAAUGUGAGUUAUGU